AUGGCGCUUCUAACUGAGUUGCUGAGCACUCCCUACUUUGUUGAGGGGGUCUGUGUUGCGCUCUUGGUCGUGUUUGCCUCCAGCAUUUGGGAUGAUAUCUCCGAUGAGAUUCCCUAUUCUCGAUUUCCCUUGGUUGGAAAGAGCUGGUGGGAUGUUUCCAACAAGAAGGCCAAGUCUCGCUUUCGACAAUCGGCGCGUUCGUUGAUCGCCGAGGGCUUUACAAAGGGCCGCGAUGCCUUUCAGGUCAUGGCGCCAGCUCGGCCAUUGAUUGUUCUACACCCAAAGUAUAUCGAUGAAAUCAAGAGUCACCCUCAUCUGGAUUUUGAAGGCGCCACUCGAAAAAACUUCUUCUCAAACCGUAUCGCUGGCUUCGAACCGUUUCACCCCAAUGGAGCUUCUAGGAUUAUCCAAGAUGCAGUGCGGAUCAAGUUGACUCAGGCGCUUGGUGGCCUUACAAUCCCCCUCUCCAAGGAGACAGCAGCGACAGUGAAAGACACUUUCCCCCCAUCGAAUGAAUGGAAGCCAUACAAUUUCGCCAGCAAAGUGCCAUAUAUGGUGGCCCGUAUCUCCACGCUCAUUUUCCUUGGCGAGAAGGCCUGCCGUAACGAGGACUGGAUUGACGUCGCCGUUAACUACACGAUCCUCGCCUUUAAUGGAGCCCGCGAGCUACAGAUGUGGCCAUCUAUCCUACGCCCAGUUGUGCACUACUUCAUGCCAUCCAUGCAAAAGCUUCGCUCGCAUCUGGCCGUCGGUAGAGCCAUUGUGAAUAAAGAGAUUGAGAAGCGCAACAUGAUCCGUGACGGCAAACUGCCAGCGGAGGAUCCGCCCCGGACCCACGCCGAUGCCCUCGACUGGUUUGAAGAACUAUCCGAGGCCUAUGACACGCCCUUCGAUAUGGCACGCGGACAGGUCUCGUUGUCCAUGGCAGCUAUUCACACCACCUCGAAUCUUCUCACGAACAUAAUGUACGACCUAGCAGCGUACCCCGAAUAUAUUCAACCCAUGCGCGACGAAAUCGCAGCCGUCAUUGCUGAGGAUGGCGAGUUCAAGAAGACUAGCUUGUUGAAGCUGAAGUUGAUGGACAGUGUGAUGAAGGAGUCACAGCGCACGCACCCAGUCAGCUUGACAUCUAUGAACCGCCUCGCCCUAAAAGCAAUCCCGCUAUCAGACGGCACAGUCAUCCCCAAAGGCGCCCUGAUCGCCGUUUCUGCCCACGUCAACCUAGAUGAAACCAUCUACCCGAAUCCCGAAAAAUAUGACGGAUAUCGCUUCCUCAAGAAGCGUCAGGAGCCAGGCCAUGAACACAAGCACCAAUUCGUUACAACUACUCGUGAAAGCUUCGGUUUCGGUCACGGGCUUCACGCUUGUCCAGGCCGAUUUUUUGCGGCUAAUGAGUCGAAAAUAUUGCUUAUUCAUUUACUUCUCAAGUAUGACUGGAAGUUGAAAGAGGAUGGCGGACGGCCGAAGAACUUUGAGAUGGGCAGUGAGAUUGUUACUGAUCCAACAGUUGAGCUCCUCUUCAGAUCUAGGGAGCCUGGGAUUAAUCUCUCAAAGCUUGGUGAGGCAAUUGCAUAG